UAUUUUAAGGAUUAGCGCUGAUUCAAUUCACAGUGUGUGCAAAAAGAUAGGACAGUUAUGACACACUCCUGCAAAACUUGUUGGUGAAACAGAUGAGCACAGACAUUCAAAGUAUUUAACCAUCUUAGUCACACACGCACACGCACACACCCACACGUGUGGGGGUGUGUGUGUGUUGUGUUUUUGUGUGUACUGUCCACACUAUUUUGAAUAUAAAACUCGAUUUGUUCCAUUUGGUUUACAGUAGCAUUCACUUUGCAUGUUAAAGGUCUUAUUUUAACUUCGAAUUGUGAGAUGUUUGUUCUCCUCACGGCCCAAUUGAAAGUGAAACUGCCAUAGAUUCAAUGAUCACAGAGGUUUCAGAUCAGAGUUUUUCUCCAUCCACUUUUCUGAAGUAGUAGCUUCCAGGAUGAAUCAUUUGGUCUGCUUACUAUUGUAAUGUAUAACUCCUCUAUACUGUACCACUCAAUCACCACUGAUGCCCUUAUAGUCCGUCUGGUAAACACAGCAAAGAAUCUUGAUGUGAAUCUAGACGAUGAGCUAGAUAACACAGAAGUCAGAAAAUGACUUAGACAUCUAAGACAAAAUGAGUAUUAACAAGUUUAGGGUGCCUAAGACUUUUGAAUAGUACUGUAGAGUAUGUGAGGGGGCAUGGUGGCUUAGUGGGUACCCCUCCAGAGUUGGGGGUUCGAAUCCUGACUCUGCCCUGUGUGUGCGGAGUUUACAUGUUCUCAACAUGCUUCGGGGGUUUCCUCCAGUUUCCUCCCCCAGUCCAAAGACAUCAGUUGUAGGUUGAUUGGUAUUUCUAAAUUGUCUGUAGUGCAUGAAUGUGUGUGUGUGUGUGUGUGUGAUUGUGCCCUGUGAUGGGUUGGUAGCCCGAGUUCCCUUGGAUAGGCUCCAGGCUCCCUGUAACCCUGUGUAGGAUAAGCAGUAUGGAAAACGGAUGGAUGGAUGGAGGGAUGUACAGUAUAUGAGCAAUUUAUUUUGUAAGGCAAUGCUGCCACUCUUGCAGUGGAAUUUAAUCAAUGGACACCUCUUUUCAACAUCUGAGCUGUCUGUUAUUGUGAACGCUGUGUGACCGAGACAAUACGACCGGAAGUAUCCGCUGUACUGCCGAUUGUUUACAAUGUUCCCUAUGUAGUUAAGUUUACUAUUAAUAACUUCAGGAAUGAUUACUUCACAGUUCGUACACUUUGAGGGAACACAACAGGUCAUCAUGGGGCUAUAAUGAGUAAUACUCAAAACACACACUCACAAUGAUGCGUAUUACGUAUUUCCUGCUCACGUACCAGGAAGAUACAACUAAACUCAAUAUGGCGUCCACAUGUGUAUCGGGAUUUUUUUCCACAAAUGAGAAGAUUCCUGUACAAUGUAUGGAUGACCCCUUUGGGUUCAAAGCUGAGGUGAUUUAUGGAGAUGAGUCCAUUCCUCUGUAUCGGUGUACCCCAUUUCUCACCGUCCAUAGUAGGCAGCACAUGCCCACUGUCUACGGCAAUGAAAGCUCUGGUGCUGAAGUUGAGGAUACCCACAUCUUUGAAUCACUUCAUACAGCUGAAUCAAGACAUCAAAUGCAGGACAUGUCAAGUGCUGAUGACCGUAGACAACCUAAUGCCAGACCACGUCCUGUCUGGCCCGAGGACACUGAUGCUCACUACAGUCGCAAUCAACUAACCUUUACUGAUGGUGGCUUUCCACUAACCAUGGCUAUGGGUGGAAUGGGAAACUACAAGCCUCAGCAGAUAGAGAGUCUUGUACUGCCGGAGGAGGAAGAAUGGGACAAGAAUCCAAGAACAAGGAUGAAAAAAGGGGGGAAAAGAGGAGGGAAAAAAUCCCGUAGAAAGCAACGGCAAUAUUGACGAAAUAUGGAAAAUGCACUUAAUGCACUUGUAUAAUGCAUUAAUACUUUAACUAGCUUUUUCUAUAGUGUAGACUAUGCUGUUCCUUUAUAGUCCAAACUUUAUAGUCCAGAGUCGUUUAUGUGCAUUUCUUCUGUGUCUUUUUUAUGUAUGUAAACUGCACAAAAUAGAGAUCAGAUGACGCAACAAACUGCAAACAAAAUUGACUUGAAAAAGACUGGUGUAGGUUCUCAUCUACCAGAAUAUACCUGUACUCCAGCAGAAGAAACCAGUACUGCCCUUCAUAGUGUGGUCCAGGGUGCUCAAUACUCUUAACCAUGUCUCUGGCAACGCCAUCCAUUUAACUCAAAUGUUUGUGUUUGGUGGAUGAGAAUAACUGUGCUAAAUGUACCUUUUCAAUCACACACAAGAUUCCAUUUGCUGAGCAAGUAUUAAACAAGGCUAGUGUAAUGAACAUGCAACAGAAAGGAGAUCAUUCUAGAAACUUCACUUAAAAAAAACCAAGGUAACCAAAAUUCUCAUUUCUCAAGAUACAGAGUCAACAGUUUCUAUUAAACUGUCAGAGUCAGUCAUUCCUAUAACAUUCUUAUUGUCAUUUCUUUGCAUACUUGUUCAUUUCAAGUUUAUGUUCAAGUGCUCCAUAGAUUUCAAUAGUGCAUUUGCUAGCGACAUUGCUGUAUUUGCAAUCUGUAUUGCUGACAUCUGUUACCUAAGCAAAUAAAACAACAGCACUUGACAACAAGGACUGAAUAAAACAAAAGAAAGGAUUCCCCCAAGGGGAAACACUGAGAAAAAGAUGACAAGGAUGUGUUAAAAAGAAUACUGAAACUCACCCAUUAGCCAUAACCAUAGUAGUUGAAGUCUUGUAGUUGCAUCUUGUGAUUUCCUGGGAAAGGUCAAGAACGGUAAAACUAAUUUGUGAGUGAUUUAUGGAUGUUCCUUUUCGGUGGCUCACCUCUAGCCAUGGCUAUGGGUGGUGUGGGAAACUACCUAAAUGUUAACUUUUUCUCUUUUUUUUAUCUAUAAAGACAAACAGGUUUUAUUCAUGUUGCAUGAUGCACAUGUCCUGGGAUAAUUAGUUGUGAUUCCCAUGCAAAUCUUUUCUACUAAAAAAAAUAAGCAAAGAGCUGCACAUCUAAAAUGUUCACACAUGCAUUAGAACAAAUAUUGGAACAAUAUAAUCUGGUCAGACAAAACUAAAAGAACUUUUUGGCAAUAAUUUAUCUUGUCAUGUUUGGAGAAAGAAGAGUUGUGCAUAUGAUCCCCAGAACACCAUAACCACAGUGAAGUACAGAGAUGGGAGCAUGAUGAUGUUAUUGUGUUCAUUACACGCCAUCGAAGGAAACAUGAACAGAACAAUUUACCAAGACAUAUUGGAGGAGAAUUCGAUCUCAUCAGCCAUGAAACUGAACCUAGGGACAAGAUGAACAUUUCAACAAGACAUCCCAGAACAUACAACCAAACUAACUUACGAAGGCCUUACAAUGGUCUAGCCCAGGGGUUCCCAAACUUUUCCAGAGAAAGGUCCCCCAAAUGGCAUUAACAUUUGACUGAGGCCCCCCUUUUGCAAGAUGUCUUUAAAACACAUUAAAAAUACAGACUUCUGAAUAUAUCCCCCCUUUUUUUUAUUAUUAAUAAUUACAUCUUACAUC